AUGUGUAUCUUCCAUGACCUUCAUAUAGAGGUCACGGUGUGUAUCUUCCAUUACCUUCAUAUAGAGGCCACAGUUUGUAUCUUCCAUUACCUUCAUAUAGAGGCCACAGUGUGUAUCAUCCAUUACCUUCAUAUAGAGGCCGCAGUGUGUAUCUUCAAUGACCUUCAUAUAGAGGCCACGGUGUGUAUCUUCCAUUGCCUUCAUAUAGAGGCCACGGUGUGUAUCUUCCAUGCCCUUCAUAUAGAGGCCACGGUGUGUAUCUUCCAUGACCUUCAUAUAGGGGCCACGGUGUGUAUCUUCCAUUACCUUCAUAUAGAGGCCACAGUGUGUAUCAUCCAUUACCUUCAUAUAGAGGCCACAGUGUGUAUCUUCCAUGACCUUCAUAUAGAGGCCACGGUGUGUAUCUUCCAUGACCUUCAUAUAGAGGCCACGGUGUGUAUCUUCCAUGACCUUCAUAUAGAGGCCACGGUGUGUAUCUUCCAUGACCUUCAUAUAAACGUCACAGUGUGUAUCUCCAUGACCUUCAUAUAG